GACUUGGAGUCUUAAAUGUUUUUUGAUUAGAACUAGUUACUCAGAGGGUUGGUCUUGGUCAUCUUGAUUGUAAAUUUAGGGCUUAAAAAUGAAUUUUCACAAUAUUUUCAAAAGCCCAAAACGGCUUGCUGAUGCUUAUAAAGAUAAAAGCACAUUGCUAAAAUCAGAGACAGGGGCUAUCCCAGUUUAUAAAACUCCUCUGACGGAAGAACAAAUCAAUGUUGAUGGGUGCAAGCAAUUCAGUUUUGGGAAAACGUCCAAUACAUCUAAUCGCACCAUAAUGGUUCUUGGAGCAACUGGGGCUGGGAAGUCAACUCUCAUCAAUGGGAUGAUCAAUUACAUUCUAGGUGUCGAAUGGGAGGAUUCAUAUCGGUUUAAGUUAGUUGAUGAGGGUCAGUUGAAAUCACAAUCUGAAAGUCAGACUUCUGAAGUCACUGUGUACAAACUCAACCACCAGGAGGGUUUUAAAGUAGAUUGCUCACUGACCAUUGUUGACACUCCAGGUUUUGGAGAUACGAGAGGCAUAAAAAGAGACCAGAUGAUCACAGAACAGCUACGUAAUCUCUUCUCUGCUGAUUGUGGUGUCAGUGAAAUUGACGCUGUGUGUUUUGUAGCUCAGGCUGCUUUAGCACGACUCACGCCAUCACAGAAAUAUGUGUUUGAUUCUGUGCUCUCAAUCUUUGGCAAAGAUGUGGCAGAAAACAUCCGGGUUCUGGUGACAUUUGCAGACGGCCAGCAACCACCAGUUCUAGAGGCAAUCAAUGCUUCAGGUGUCCCAUGUCCUAAAACAAAAGACGGGCUGCCAGUUCACUUCAAAUUCAAUAAUUCAGCGUUGUUUGCAAAAAACAAAUCAUCUGCAGCAGACAGUAUGAGUGGAGAUGAUGAAGAUGAAGGAGGCUUUGAUGAGAUGUUUUGGAACAUGGGAAUAAAAAGCAUGAAGAGGUUCUUUGCUGCUAUAAAUAAAAUAGAAACCAAAAGCUUAAAAAUGACGAAAGAGGUCCUCAGAGAAAGAAAGCAGCUUGAGAAUACAGUUGAAAAUGUGCAGAAGCAGGUUAGACUUGGGUUAGCCAAGCUUGAGGAGAUAAAAGAGACAACCGGAAAACUAAAAGAACAUGAGGGAGAAAUCAGCAGAAAUGAAAACUUUGAGUUUUAUGUCAACAUCAAAAAGCCCGUUCAAAAAGAUAUUUCUGAAUCUGGAUAUUUCAUCACAAACUGUCAGCAGUGCCAUGUGACCUGUCACUAUCCUUGUCAAAUACCAAAUGAUGCAGAUAAAGCAGGCUGUUAUGCAAUUGGAGCAGAUGGAAACUGUACUCAGUGUCAAAACAAAUGUCAUUGGACAUUACAUUUUAAUCAGAAGUACAGAUGGGACUAUGAGGACGUUCAAGAAAAACGAACAGUGCUAGAUCUGAAAGAAAAGUACCAGAAUGCCACAAAGGCUAAAAUAACUGUUAAGGAAUUGGUUGAUGAGCUGAAGGAUGACUAUGAUAAUGUGCAGGCUAAGGUGAUGGAAUUGAUGGAGAGGUCUUCUAAGUGUUUAAACAGACUUAAAGAGAUAGCACUGAAGCCAGAUCCUCUCUCCACUACAGACUACAUUGACAUGCUUAUUGAUGGAGAGAAAUCUGAGGCCAAGUUAGGCUGGAAGGAACGCGUUGAGUCCUUGAUAAACAUGAGACAUAAAGCAGAGUUAUUGGCUAAAGCAGUCAGAGGAGAGAAACUCCUCCAUCGUCAAGAAUCGCAAAUAUAGGGCGACAUGUGUCGACACAACACUCAAAACUGUGUGCUGUGCUAUCUAUACACUUUCCAACUGCUAUCACAUUGCUUCAGCUCUUAUCAGACAGUUUCUGAAGGGAAGGCAUGUGUUAUUUUCAUUUUUUUUUGUGUGAUGUAAAAUGUGAUAUUGUUCAGCCAGACAUUAAGCCAAAUACUCUUCCAAAGUACAUUGACAUAUUAUUGAAAGAGAGAAAUCUGAGGCCAAGCCUCAGGAGAGGCAAUGAGUUUGGUCUAUACCUGUAUAGUCAAGACAAAAAGCAGAGUAUUUCAAUAAGUGUCUUAUACUAAGCCUGAGAUUAAAAUUACUUUGACUAAGGAAAUCUCAAGCAUAAAUUUGUCUAAGAUAAAGAUAAAAUCUGGUGUUACUUUUUAAAAACGUAUUCCUUACAUAUCUAUAUGUGCUGUUACGAACAGAUGAACUUGUGGUGAUACAUUUUAAGUGUGACCACAUUGUGUGCUGGAACCGCUGACUUCUUGUCACCAUCACCAAAAAUUGUAGAAGUCUGCAGCUCUUUUAACUCUUUCUUCUAGCUCUUUUAAAGCACAUUUAAGACCUUUUUGUUUAAUGAUC